AUGCCGUGGGUGGAGAAGUAUCGGCCGGCCACGCUUCACGAACUCGUCUCGCACCAGCAAAUCACCGCCACACUGCUGAAAUUCGUGGAUGAAAAACGCCUGCCUCAUUUGCUGUUCUAUGGCCCUCCUGGUACGGGCAAAACGAGCACCAUAUUGGCAGUGGCAAAAAUGAUGUAUUCACCGAAGCAGCUACCAUCAAUGCUGAAUGCCUCCGACGAUCGCGGUAUCGGCAUUGUACGUGACCAGAUUAUCACGUUCGCGCAGACCAUGACAUUUCAUGCGAAUGAGGGCCAAACAGUGCCGCCGAAGCUAAUCGUUCUGGACGAAGCUGAUGCAAUGACCAAAGAUGCGCAGAGCGCGUUGAGGCGUGUGAUCGAAAAAUUCACGGAGAAUGUUCGAUUUUGCAUUAUCUGUAACUAUAUGUCGAAGAUUAUACCAGCAAUCCAGUCUCGAUGUACACGUCUGCGCUUCGCUCCUUUGAAAGAUGUAAGUCUGUUUGGUUCAUUCGUGUUUUCAUGUAUUUUUGCAUCACUCAAAGAAAACAAAUUAUGGUAA